GGUUGCGCAAGGCAAGGACCCGAGGCUCGGGAUAGGGAUGCGCCGGGCGUUGCCUCUAGCCCGCCGCCGCCGCCGCCGCCAGAAGCCCCAGAGGAGCUGAGGGAGGCGACGCCGAAGCGCUGGCCCGGAGUGGCCACGGCUGCAGCCCGGGCGGCGGGCUAAGGCACUCGCCCGGCUUCUGGGCCGACCCCGCUCCGGCGCCUCCGCUCCCGGUCCAGGGUCUGCGCCCGAGGCCCGGCCUCGCUCCGGGGUCCCAGAUGACCACCGAGGGCGGGCCGCCGCCGCCCCCGCCGCGCCCGCCGCCAGCCCCGCUCCGCCGUGCAUGCAGUCCGGUCCCCGGCGCGCUCCAGGCCGCCUUGAUGAGCCCGCCGCCCUCCGCCGCCGCUGCCGCCCUGGAGACCACCUCGUCGUCCUCCUCCUCCUCUUCUUCUGCCUCCUGUGCCUCCUCUUCCUCCAACUCGGCCAGCGCCUCCUCCGCUGCCUGCAAGAGUGCCGCCGGCGGCAGCGCCGCGGGCGCCGGGAGCGGGGGCACCAAGAAGGCGAACUCGGGGCUGCGGCGGCCCGAAAAGCCGCCCUACUCGUACAUCGCGCUUAUCGUCAUGGCCAUCCAGAGCUCCCCGAGCAAGCGCCUGACGCUCAGCGAGAUCUACCAGUUCCUGCAGGCGCGUUUCCCUUUCUUUCGGGGCGCCUACCAGGGCUGGAAGAAUUCCGUGCGCCACAACCUCUCGCUCAACGAAUGCUUUAUCAAGCUGCCCAAGGGCCUCGGGCGGCCCGGCAAGGGCCAUUACUGGACCAUCGACCCGGCCAGCGAGUUCAUGUUCGAAGAGGGCUCAUUUCGUCGCCGGCCGCGCGGCUUCAGGCGGAAGUGCCAGGCGCUCAAGCCAAUGUAUCAUCGCGUAGUGAGUGGCUUGGGCUUCGGGGCCUCUCUGCUGCCCCAAGGCUUCGACUUCCAGGCGCCCCCGUCGGCGCCGCUCGGCUGCCACGGCCAGGGCGGCUAUGGCGGCCUCGACAUGAUGUCCGCAGGCUACGAUGCGGGCGCGGGGGCCCCGGGCCACGCGCAUCCUCACCACCACCACCACCACCACCACGUCCCGCACAUGUCGCCCAAUCCGGGCUCCACCUACAUGGCCAGCUGCCCCGUGCCCGCAGGCCCCGGGGGCGUCGGUGCGGCAGCGGGUGGCGGCGGCGGCGGCGGGGACUACGGGCCGGACAGCAGCAGCAGCCCAGUGCCCUCAUCCCCGGCCAUGGCGAGCGCCAUCGAGUGCCACUCGCCCUACACGAGCCCUGCGGCGCACUGGAGCUCGCCUGGAGCCUCGCCUUACCUCAAACAGCCGGCAGCCCUGACGCCAAGUAGCAACCCUGCGACCUCUGCAGGCCUGCACUCCAGCAUGUCCUCCUACUCCCUGGAGCAGAGCUACUUGCACCAGAACGCCCGCGAGGACCUCUCAGUGGGACUGCCCCGUUACCAGCAUCAUUCUACUCCAGUGUGUGACAGAAAAGAUUUUGUCCUCAAUUUCAAUGGCAUUUCUUCUUUCCACCCCUCAGCCAGUGGGUCUUACUAUCACCAUCACCACCAGAGCGUGUGCCAGGAUAUUAAGCCCUGCGUUAUGUGA